AGAGCGCCCGCGACGCACUCGGUCCCGUUCUACCUGCAUUUUUUGCUUCGUGUGCGAGAGUCCCUUCAGUGAAGCCACAAAGUCUUCAGGCCGUGCCUGAAGCCAGACGCGAGAGUGUUUCUUCCCGCAGGACGUUUUCCCUUAUAGACAGGAAGGGCGUUAUAGUUUCGUGCAGUUAUUUUCGAUUAGCCAUCGCUUAAGCGUCCCGAAGCCGCAUAUAGAUUUAAAUUAGGUUCGCGCAAGUUUUGACAGGUUCGCGUUAUACAACGUAGUUGUCGAGGAAGCUCGUCUACCAUUUGCUGCUGAUCCAGCUGAUUCAAUAAUGAGUAAACUCAUCCCCGGGUUCCUGCUGCUCGCCGUCUUCCUGUGCUCCUCUCUGAAUGGUGCCCGGUGCGACGAAUCCGGCGGUGGCCUUGGCCCUUCCGUGACGUCCAAGGGCGCCGGCAGACUGGACAAGGUGGGCGGCCGCCAUCACUUGGACAGGCUUAAUGGCGGAGAACUGUUGCGAUCGCUGGUGCUGCCGUACGUGCUGCGUGGCCUGCCAUAUUCACCCGACUACGUGUCCCGCCGGAGCACGGACAAGACAGGCAGCGGCGAGCAUAUGCGCAUGGCGGGGGCUUUUCUGCCCGGCUCUUUGCCGGCCAAAAGGCAAGCACCGUUCGACUCGCUAAGCGGACUGACGUUCGGCGGUGAUCAGGCAGGCAUGCACAAGCGCGGCUACGGCCACGGCGAGUUCGACGAGAUUGACAACGCCGGCUGGCCGGGAUUCUACAAGCGAAACUUCGACGAGAUCGACAGGAGCGACUUUGGGGGCUUCUACAAGAGAAAUUUUGACGAAAUCGACAGGACCGGUUUCGAAGGCUUCUACAAGCGCUCUACUUCUCGGGAGUAAAUUAGAACUCUCUACAUUUCCUCCCUAUACCACCAGUCCUGCGUUUCUUCCAACCACCGCUCUUCGUUCCCCUUGAGCGGCAGCUUUCGUGCUCCUUUGCAUUUCGUGAAGUCAUUACGAGCUGCUAAAGGUGGCAGCUUCGGUGAUUCUUGUUGAAGUCCGGGCGAAUAAAAGUUGAGAGGCCCUACUCCGCGGAAUGAUGCCACUGAGUUACCAGCUGUGUUGCGCGUUUUGAUGAUAUCGUUUCCAGAGGGGUAUUUUCCUUGCUCGUUUUCUCCCAACUGAAUAACCCAGUGCUAAUGGUCUUGCUGUAAGAAGGAAAAAGCAGUCUUUCAUGUUUGCUCUUUCGAGCACCCGGCGCACUCGCCCAUCUCGACGAAGAAACCUAAUGAAAUUGCCCCCUUAUGUACGGGUUACAUCGAGAGCUCUUCGUCAUUCGGAUACGGCAUGUGGGUCCACAAACUUCUCUGAUAGAUGACAAAUAAUGCAUGUGAUUUAGUGAAAUGAUAGCAGCCGUGAAAACAAAAGCAAAACUUACCUAUAUUUUGGCCGGGGGCAAGAAGGGGGGAGUGCGGAUUGUGAAUAAUUGUGUGCAUCUCCUCCAAUGACUUGCAGGCAUUACCUUUUGUCUCAAGGAAGGCGAUCAUGUAAUGAAUGUUCACAUUUCCUUUUUCUCGACGUUCUCUACGUUGUCAUUAUGUAAAUAA